UGACUAGGAUUAUCUGUCCGUUUCCUGGGACUGCUAUCUUUCUUUCCCCGUUCAUUGCUCUCUCACAGACAGAUAAGAAUCGGGCAACAGAAAGGACAUGUUCCAAGUAAUACUUUGGUGCCUCCUCUAUGUGGGUGUUGUCCGCGGUGGGACCUGGAGUAAUCCGACCUGUGCCCCGGGACGUCACACCAUCACGCACCUGUUUGAGUGGAAAUGGAGCGACAUCGCCGCGGAGUGUGAGCGCUUCCUCGGUCCCAUGGGGUACUGCGGGGUCCAGAUUUCCCCUCCUAAUGAGAACAGGAUAGUUACAAGUCCCAACAGACCCUGGUGGGAGAGGUACCAGCCCGUGUCCUACAAACUGGUCACUAGAAGUGGAAACGAGGCUGACCUCCGAGAUAUGGUACAGAGAUGUAAUAAGGUCAAUGUCCGAAUUUACGCUGAUGUCGUGAUCAAUCACAUGACUGGAGCUGGUGGGUCCGGAACCGGAACUGGUGGCUCUCAUUGGGACGGUGGUUCCUUAAGCUAUCCCGGCGUCCCUUUUUCUUCCUGGGAUUUCAACAGUGGCUCGGAAUGUAGCACAGGAGACGGCAAUAUCCAUAAUUACAACGACCCUAACGAAGUUCGAAAUUGUCGUCUGGUCAGCUUGGUGGAUCUUAAACUUUCAAAGGACUACGUUCGUGACUCCAUCGCAGGAUAUUUGAAUCACCUGAUAAGUUUGGGUGUGGCUGGUUUCAGAGUGGACGCCGCCAAGCACAUGUGGCCCGGAGAUCUUCGCGCCGUUUUCGGCAGACUGCACGAUUUGAAUUCUGCUUAUUUCCCGUCAGGAACCAAGCCCUUUAUAUUCCAGGAGGUGAUUGACAUGGGACAUGAAGCAAUCAGCGCUGCGGAGUAUACCGGUAUUGCCCGAGUUACAAACUUUAUCUAUGGAAUAAAACUAGCUGAUGUAUUCCGACACCACAAUCAAGCAAAAUGGCUGAGGACCUGGGGAGAACAAUGGGGGAUGCCUAACUCCAAUGACGCUGUUGUUUUCAUCGAUAACCAUGACAACCAGAGGGGACACGGCGGAGGAGGCGGUGUUCUGACAUUUUUCGAACCUCGAUCAUACAAAAUGGCGACUGAGUUCAUGUUGGCGCACCCUUACGGCUUUACGCGUGUGAUGAGCAGUUACCACUGGAACAGAGACUUUCACGGAGGGGAGGAUCACAACAAUUGGCAGGGACCCCCUCACAACGGGGACAUGAGCAUUAAAGGUCCCUCCAUACAGUCAGAUAUGUCGUGUGGUAAUGGAUGGAUUUGUGAGCACAGAUGGCGUCAAAUAUACAACAUGGUUGCCUUCCGUAACGUUGUCAUGGGAACGACAUUGACAAAUUGGUGGGACAACGGUGACUACGCCAUCGCUUUCUCUAGAGGAAACAAGGGCUUUAUCGUUAUCAACGCAGGAACGUCAGAUAUCAAUGUAAACUUACAAACUGGCUUGUCACAAGGAACGUAUUGUGACGUAAUUUCUGGCAAUUAUGAUAAUGGCCGCUGUACCGGAAAUGAAGUUCACGUUGGUGGUGACGGACACGCCCAUUUCCAUAUAAGUUCCGGAAGUGAUGACCCAGUGGUUGCUAUACAUAUAGGUGCAAAGAAAGGUUCGGCAAAGAAGGUGACGACAUAACAUAUUAAGGGAAGACUGAAGUGUUUCGUGUGUCAUAAAUCCACUUUUUUGUUUGUUUUUUAAUAAUUUAAUAAGAUAAAACAAAAUCUACCUUU